AUGUCAUCGCUACUGUGGGAAAAACUUAACGGAACCAUCCAUCCGUGGAUCCAGGAAGCCAUCACUUCCUUGGGCUUUACCUCCAUGACUCCAGUCCAGGCAUCCACCAUCCCACUUUUCUGUGGAAAUAAAGACGUGGUGGUCGAGUCUGUCACAGGUUCGGGAAAAACUCUAGCGUUUGCCAUUCCCGUGUUGCAGCAUGUGUCCAACAGAUUGUAUGGACCAAUUGAUUCAACUGAGAAGCCUGAGCCAGUAAAAAAGGGCCACAUGCUUGCAGUCAUCGUGUCGCCAACUAGAGAGUUGGCCAGUCAGAUUCAGAAGGUGUUGGAAAGCAUUUUGGAGUAUUUGCCGGAGCAUCUCCCCCAAAUUAAGACCCAGUUGGUGUUGGGGUCUCUCAACACUGUUCGUGGAGACUUGGAAGAAUUCCUCACAAGCAAGAACCACAUUAUUAUUGCCACACCAGGUCGUCUUCUCGAUCUUUUAGCCUCUCAGAAAGUGCAUACGCUGUCGGUUGAAAUUGCAGUGUUGGAUGAGGCAGAUAAACUCUUGGAUAUGUCGUUCGAGAUGGACGUCGUGUCGAUUUUGAAGCAGCUUCCUAAACAGAGAAGAACUGGUCUCUUCUCGGCCACACUUUCCGCUGCUGGUGAUAAGAUCUUCCGUACGGGAAUGCAGAAUCCUGUGAGAAUCGCUGUCAAGUCGAAAUCGGCAGGUAAGGCUGCUCCCUCGUCCUUGACUAUCCAGUAUAUGCUCGUUGAGCCAGAGAAAAAGCUUACUACCAUGUUGAAGAUUGCUAACGACUACCGUUUCAAAAAAUGCAUUGUUUACUUCCCCACUUGCAGCUCGGUCAAGCAUUUCAUCAACGUUUUCAGCAUCUUGAAGCUGGACCCUAACUAUCCCGUUAAAUUCCAUUCCUUGCACGGACAACUUUCAACCAGUGCGAGAUUGAAAACACUCAAUAAUUUCUCCGAUGGAGAUUCUAAUGUUUCCAAGCACGUACUCAUGACUACUGAUGUAGCCGCUAGAGGUAUUGACAUUCCUGACGUGGAUCUUGUCAUCCAACUUGAUCCUCCUACUGAUCCGGAAAUGUUUUUGCAUAGAUGUGGAAGAACAGGACGAGCUAAUAAGGUUGGGCGGGCAGUGGUGAUGUUGAACAAAGAUUCCAUGGAGGAGGACUACGUUGAUUUCAUGGAGGUAAAGGGUGUUCAAAUGUCAGAAAUGGCUGCUCCAGACCUUGGCGAUUUCCACCAGGAUUUUCAGGAAAAAGCUCAGAAGUACAUGCUCGCAGAUCGGGCACGUCAUGAGAUUGCUGUAAAGUCAUAUGUUGCAUUCGUCAGAUACUAUCAGAAACAUGUUGCAUCAUCCAUUUUCCGCAUGCAAUCUCUCGACUACUUAGGCAUUGCUAGAAUGUAUGCUUUACUUCGGUUGCCGAAAAUGCCAGAGACGAGGUACAUUUCGCAGGAACUGAUGCCUGAGAAUGGAUGGUUGACCUCGGCUUUGUCUGACAUGAACACCUACGCCUACGCAGAUGAGGCCAGGGAAAAAUCCAGAUUGGAGACCAUGGAGGAGGAGAAGCAGAAGAAGAUCAAUGAUGCUAAAGCCAGAAAGAUUCUCAAGAAGAAGAACGAGUCGUGGUCGCUGAAAGCAGAUGCAAAGGAGACUAAGGCAGAGAGACGUGAAAAGAAUAAGCGAAAGAGAGAGGCUAUUCAGCAACAACUCAUGGAAGAGUCUUCAGAGGAUGAAGAAACACAGGUGGACUGGAAGGAUUUGGUAAGACAGAACAAGAAACCAAAAAGCAAUUCGCAAAUGCAAGGAUCUUUUGACGAUUUAUGA